AGAAACGAAAGAUGCCUCCAUGAUUCCUUUCCAUCGCGAAGAAGGUUUCAGAUAUCAGCGAUGUUUGCAAUAUGGAAACCUGGUUUUCCACUUCACAAUCAAUGUCAGCUCCAACUAACUUAAAGGUGUCACUACAAACUACGAUGAAUGGACGCGGAGUGAAAGACUGUCCGGCUGUGUCUGGAUGUGCUUUACUUGGCCUGCUGCUGGUCCUUCUAGUUCUACCACAUUCUUUACAAGGUGAUGUUCCUGACUUUACCUGCUACAAUGUAAGACCUCUUAUUCAAACUGAUGGUCAUUUUAUUGGUGGCUAUAAGAGUGGUGGCUACCAAGGAGCAACAGUCUCAUUUAGUCGAGUAUUGGAUACGGGUAGUGGCAGUGACCUACCACAUGAUAGCUAUUAUAGAAACCCUUCAACUGCUUCUACUCAAUAUUACUUCCCUGCUGCCUCUGGAAUAAAUAGAUUUGGUGCUUAUAACUGUGAAUUCAGUUCACCCAGAGUCAACAUCGCUACAAUUCUUCUACCACAGAACGGUGAUGUAUCUCCAACUUCACCCACCUUGACUACAAGUGCUGGAGAGGAUGUAACGUUGACAAUGACACAGCAAACCGGAUCAACCAAUGAGCUUCGAUGGAGACACAAUGGUAGUUACAACUCUGCAUGGGAUGGCCAAUCAAGCAUCAGUAUCCUUAAUGUCCAACUCCAUCAUAUUGGUAUCUAUGAAUGCUACAUAGCAGGCAGGCAUCAUCUACAGAACCAUGCACUCAUGAGACUCCUUGUAAGGCAAUGCUCCCCCAAUAAAUAUGGUCGUACUUGUGAUAGUUACUGUCCAUUAUGUUAUAAUGGUGGUCAGUGCGAUGAUAUAACUGGUGAGUGUAUCUGCCCACCAGGAUUCAGUGGCAACUCGUGUCAAAAUUUGCAUAGUAACAACUGCUUUGGCCAAGACUGUGGCAUCCGUUGUAGUGGUGAUCCUGCUACAGCUUGCCGUGGCAGUCUACUCUGUCCUAAAGAUCCCUUUGGUUGCACAUGCGCAGCUAGCUUCACAGGCAAAAAUUGCGAGGAUGAUUGUCCUGCUGGUUACUUUGGUGCUGGCUGCAAGUUGAAAUGCCACUGCCAAGAAGGCUUGACAUGUAACAAGGCGACUGGUGAAUGUCAAGACAGUGGUGGAGGUUGUGCAACAGGCUUCACUGGAGAAAACUGUCAGGAAUGUCCUGCUGGACUGUUUGGGGUAAACUGUGACCAACAAUGUCAUUGUUUAAAUGAUGCAGAUUGUCACAAAGGUAGCGGUUCAUGUCCAGCUGGUGUCAUGUGUAAAUCUGGCUUUAGAGGUGAAGAUUGCCAAAACUCUUGUCCGUAUGGCCAAAUUGGACUUCAACCAAACUGCACAAUGUGUUCUGUUCCUGUAUCGGUGAUCUAUCAAGUCAGCUCUGAGCGAGACUCAAGCAGAACCAUUACAUGGACGAAAGCUCCUCAAAACAAGUGUCCUGUUAUUGACUAUGCGAUACAGUAUCAACUGGUAAUGAGAGAUCUUUGCCAAGAGGAGGCUGGUGAAUUUGAAACUCUACACAACACAACAGAGAGACAGUCUUCGGUACCACAUCCUGAUUCAUCUUUAGAGGCAAAUUCAAUCUACAAGGUUCGUGUUCUUGCCAGGAAUGAGGCAGGACUUGGGGAAUUUCAGGAGAACAUUUAUAUAGAGCACACAACACCUGAGAAGGAGCCAACUGGACCUCCAACAGAAUUCAAGACUACUUCAACAGCGAAGCAUAGUGUGGCAUUGAGCUGGAGUGAAAUACCAUGUGGUCAAAGAAAUGGUGUGAUAACAAAGUAUAGACUCUCAUACAGGGUGCUGGACAAACCUUAUGACACCAGCUUCAGUCUAAACAGCUCAUUUGAAUCUGUCGACAUAGAUUCAUCAGAUAUGCAUCGCUUCAUCAGUGGUUUAGAACCAACAACAAAAUAUGAUUUCCGACUGAAAGGUUUCAACAGUGCUGGUGUUGGAGAGAAAGCAACACUAGAAGCAUUUACUGCAGUUGAGACAGAUCUUCCUGCUCCGACUCAGCUAUCCGAAAAAGAUAUUUCAGAUUUGACAUCUUCCACAGUCACUAUAGCUUUGAGUCUUCCAUCCUCGUCAAAGUACAUUACAGGCGUGCAAGUUGGUGUACAGCGGGUUAAGACAGUCACUAGGGACACCAGGGGAUCGAGGUACCAACGAUCCACUGAACCAACUCUUGAUUAUGUAGCUGCAGAAUUACCUAAGAAGGGUCUCCCUGCAACAUUCACUGUGGGUGAUGGAGAAACACUGGGAAAUUAUCUAAACAAACCCCUUGAAAGCAACACUCAGUAUGACAUCUAUCUGGGAUCAGUCAGUAGGAUUUCUCAAUCGACUUUUGCCGUUAAGUGGAGUGAACCGUUCACAGUUCAAGUGCCACAAAGUGCAAGCCCACCGGUAGCUGCUGUUGUGGUUCCAUUGAUGCUGAUUGUCCUGAUUGGUAUUGGGGUUGCUGUGAUCUUCAUAAUAAGGCGAAAGAAGAGGCUGAGACAUCUCAACGCUGUAAAUGCAGGGGUGCGGAUAGGCAAUGACAAACUUUCUACAGGACUAGACAACCCUGACGUUGAUGUCACCUAUGAUGUUAUUGCUGAAACCAUAUCAACGAAUGUGCCAAUCAUUGCACCACCCGCUCUACCAGCCACUACACCAGCCACGACACCAGCCAAUAAACCAGCCACUUCACUGGCCACAGCACCAGCCACUGCACCAGCCAGACCGAAGCCGGUUAAGGAGAAGAAGCAAUUUACGGCUCCUUUCCCGAUUCCGUUGUCAGAGUUGAAAGUCUAUGUCAGCAAGAAGAAGAAGGAAACGUACAAAGAAGGCAAUGGGUUUUUGUUUGACUAUGAGAAUUUGCCUGAUUUCGACCGUCAUUCAUGUGAAAGAGCAAAGGACGAGAAAAACAAGGAGAAGAAUCGCUAUGUUAACGUCAUUCCUUACGAUUUUUCUCGUGUUGUGCUUGAGAAACUACCGGAUCAACCAGACUCCGAUUAUGUAAAUGCAAGUUACAUAGAUGGUUUCAAUGAACCGAACAAAUACAUAGCCAGCCAAGGUCCAAAUAAGGCUUCUGUUUGUGAUAUGUGGAGGAUGAUAUGGCAGGAGAAUACCACUAAGAUUGUCAUGCUCACCAACCUACAAGAAGGAGUCAAGGAAAAAUGUGAGAAAUAUUGGCCAGACAAAAAAGCACAGUACGGAGAUUAUGUUGUCACUUUGAAAAAAGAGGAAACACACGCAGACUACAUUGUCCGAGACUUCAAAAUUACUCUGAAAUUAGAGGAUGAAUGGACCAGACAAGUUCGUCAGUAUCAUUUCACAACAUGGCCCGAUACGGCCUUGCCUGAUGAUCCAAUCAAAGUGGUGAACUUUGUCAAAAUGGUAAAGUCCAGCUACAACCAAAAGAAUGAUGGUCCAAUGGUCGUUCAUUGCAGCACUGGAAUCGGUCGUACUGGGUUGUUUUUGGUUUUGGACGCCAUGUUGGACCAGGCAAAAGCAGAAGAUCGAGUCGAUAUCUGGAACUUUGUUUGUGGUAUGAGAGACAAACGGAUGAAGAUGAUUCAAUCACCGGCCCAAUAUGAGUUUAUCUUUGAAGUCCUGAUUGAGACGUUCCUUUGUGGUGACACCAGCAUUAAACCAAAACAGAUUCCCACCAAGCUUACUGCUUUGAAGAAAGUCACAAAGGGCAGUAGGAAGACAGGACUGCAACUAGAGUUUGAGACCCUGAAUUUGGUCACCAAUAUUCCGGACCCUGUCAAAUUUAAAGGAGGUCGGCAACCAGAAAACGUUGAGAAGAACAGAUUUCCAGACAAACUACCAGCUGAUCAGUUCCGACCUCACUUGAUAACAUCAGGACAACAUGGAUCCAACAACUACAUCAAUGCCUGCUUUCUCAAUAGUCCUAGCUCCAAAGGAAAGUACAUUGUCACCCAAAUGCCCUUACCUCACACCAUCAGUGACAUGUGGAGAAUGGUCCAUGACUACAAUUCAACUUGUAUCGUCAUGUUGAAUACAGUAAACAAAAAAGACCCGACAUGUGUUGAGUAUUGGCCAGAGAGAGACUCUGCAUCAUAUGGCAAUCUGACAGUCACUCUUCAGUCAACUGAUAAAGUGGGACCAAACAUCGUUAUACGACACCUAUCCCUGUCUGAUGAUCAGGAAUCCCGUCUGAUUUGUCACCUUCAACUACUCAACUGGCCCGUUGGUGGCAUACCAUCGUCACCAAGAUCCAUCGUAGAGUUGGUCACAGCCGUUAAAGAGUGGCAACUCGGGCACAAAGACGACCGAACUACAAUUCAGUGCAUUGACGGUGAGGGCGCUAGUGGAUCAUUCUGUGCUCUCCUUAACGUCAUAGAGAAACUGAAUAUUGACAAUGUGGUGGAUGUCUUCCAAGAAGUCAAGAAACUCAGAGUCUCAUGUCAUAGAUUGGUGCAGUCACAGGAGCAGUACGAGUUGAUAUACGAGGCCAUACGGAUGCAUCUGGGCGCUGAUGUCGUGUAUGCAAACUUGUAGACACCCCCCCUCCCGCCCCCGCCCCAUCAACUUGUGGAAGCUGUUACCAAAACGAUCAGUCAAGUAAAGAUAGAUAAGACGGUCAAACUAACUUUAAUUGUUGUUAUUUAACUGUCUUUUAUGCAGCCGGAAAGUGCUUUAAUUUUUGUGAGGGUGGUAAUUGUUUCGACCGAUUUUGCUUGAUAACUGAGGUUUUUUUUCCGUGCUGAUGGGCAACGGGCUCGAUUGACAGAGAAAAUCUUUCUGGUCAAGAGGAUGUUACACAAAUAGUUUUGAAAAUGUUGCGAAUUUACUUUUAGAGAAUUUUACUCCAUUUUAUUAUUAGCCCACAGAUUGGAAAAUGUAUGCAAAUGUUGCACUUUUCCUUUAAAAUUUCUUUUAAAUUUAUAAAUUUAUUAUUAUUUUAUGACCGAGUCACAUGUGUUUUUUUAUGUUGCAGAAAUCGGGGGGAACAAUCAUAAAGUGAACGGGUUCAUUUUAAAACAGGUGCCCGAAUUGUAGGACUCUAUUACAGGUUGGUUUUAUGAUAUUGUGGUUAAAAAAUGUGAAUCAAUUUAUACGUACAAAAUCAAAGGUUUAGAUAGGAAUACUAAUGUUUAAACUAAUAAAUAGGUCAUGCAAUACUCAGACAUUAUUCAAACAAUUUGUGAGCUUAGUCUUUAAGAAGGAAACUCACUACACCCAUUGUAUAGGGUUGGAAGUUCGUACUCAGCAAUAUUAGACAAUUCUAAAAGUAUACUUUGUUCAUUUCCUGCUUUUAUCCCCAUUGAGAACCAAUACCACAGACAAUGUAAAAUGAAAGUUAUGCGAUUGGUGUCGAUCCUUGAGCAGCUAGAUAUUAUUAUAUAGUAGCCAUGUAUUUUUUUAUUUAGUAUUUUUUUUUUUAUUAAAGUAGGUUAUAAUAAUGCCAAAAGUGUAUAAUACUACAAAUACAAUUUGAUAAGAUCAACUGUAAGCCAAGAGUACUUGAAAAAAAAAUUGUAUAAUCAGAAUCUGAAAUAACGUUGAGUUUACUUUAUUUUAUUAUACUCAGACAUAAUUACAUUUACUUUUUGUUUAAAUAGUCAGAACUUUUCAGAAUAAUACGAGUAUAAAAAUGUACGUGUUAUUAGUUUAUGGCAAUGUAACUUAAUAAAAUGCAGAUUGAUUUUAAGGAA